AUGGGAAUCAUCUGUACACAAGUAAAGAAGCAUAAGCCCCAUGUUAUUGAAGGUACAAUACUUUCUGAAUGGGGCAAGGGUGAAGAUGUUUUCAAACCGAAAAUUCCAAUGAUUCCCACUGAUAUGCCAUUUGAGUUUAAGAGACUACAGUUUCCCAUUCGCUUAAGCUUUUCCAUGUCCAUCAACAAAUUGCAAGGUCAAACAUUGAAGGUAACUGGCCUGCAGUUGGAAGAGCCAUGCUUCUCUCAUGGACAGCUCUAUGUUGGAUGUUCACGUGUUGGAAGCCCAAAAAAUCUUUAUGUAAAUGCUCCAUGUGGAAAAACUAAGGACAUUGUUUAUCAUGAAGCCCUUAUAAAGAAAAUAAAUAUUUUGUAUGAAAGAAUUAUAAUUCAAGCACAAUUACCAUGA